CACUUCGAGAUUAAAUGUUGGGAGUGCCCGGGCAGAUGUGACCGGCGACUGAAAAGUCGCUGACUGAAAAUCCCGAGGAGGGGAAGAGAAGGGGAAUGGGUGGAGGCAGGGUGGCAGGAGAAGGAGCAUUUGAGAGGGAUGAAAAUACACAGGAUGAAAUCCUGGCUAAGGUCUCGUCCUUCUCCUCCAUCCGCUGCGUGCUGAGAGGGGAAAAGCAGCAACGCGCAGUGCUCCCCUUGCGUUUUCUGGUUGCUCCAUGAGAGCACUUUACAGUACUACUCCCUUUCACCUCCUCCAGCUUUAAAAAUCACUUUACAGCCAGCCGAGACCGCCCGGAGGGGAACAGCCCGAGCUUGGAAAGCGAACCCCGGAGGGCUUCGGGGACGUUUCUGCCCGUCCUCCGGGCUGCCACCCUGAGGGGAGGCAGACCCCAGCGGGGCUCGGGGGGACCAAAGCCGGGAACUGGGGACCAGAGCCGUGCGGACACUGACGGGGUCUCUCAGUAAACCCGGGGAGGGGGCACGGCGACGUUUCUGUGGGACGGGGACGACUUGGCGGGCUUCCCCUCAGGGCGGCCGGCGGCGCAGGUAACCGCCCGCCCAAACGGCCGCACUAUUCCCUAUAAGGCGCUGAAGCGGCGGCCGCGGCCCCUCCCCGUCCCGCCGGCCGCUCCCGCCGAUGAGGUAAUGCGGGGCUCCCAUUGGCCGGCGGCGGCGGCGGCGCCCCCCGCGGCCCGAGCGGGCGCGAUCCAGGCUAUAACUCGGCGCCGCGCCGCGCUGCACCGCACCGCGCAGCGACGUCGUGCACCGUGCAGCAGCAGCAGCAGCAGCAGCAGCGGCACCACCACCACCACCACCACCACCAGCGCGCACCGUGCACCGUGCACCGUGCGGCAGCGUGCACCAGUGCAUCGCCUUGCACCAGUGCAUCGCCUUGCACCAGUGCAUCGCCUUGCACCAGUGCAUCGCCUUGCACCGCGCUCUCGGGCUUGCACCGUCCCGUCCAGCGAAGAGGGGCAGCGUGUGCAAAGGGAGGCUGCUAGGAAAGGAGGCUCCUAGGAAAGGAGGCUCCUGCCCUCUCGCUCCGCAUAAGCGAAGGGGUGAGCCCCGGGGGGCAUCAUGACGGCGUGGCUCGGCUUCCUCGCCGUGGCUCUCUGCAGCUGGAGCCUGCGGGACGCCGUGGUGGAGGCUUGCACUUGCGUCCCCAUCCACCCGCAGGACGCUUUCUGCAACUCCGACAUCGUGAUCCGAGCUAAAGUUGUGGGGAAGAAGCUCAUGAAAGAUGGACCAUUCGGAACAAUGCGAUACACAGUCAAGCAGAUGAAGAUGUACAGGGGCUUCCAAAUAAUGCCUCAUGUUCAGUAUAUCUACACAGAAGCAUCUGAGAGUCUUUGUGGAGUGAAGCUGGAGGUCAACAAGUACCAGUAUCUGAUUACAGGCCGCGUGUACGAAGGGAAGGUUUACACUGGCCUGUGCAAUUGGUAUGAGAAGUGGGACCGGCUGACUCUGUCCCAGCGUAAAGGACUCAAUCACCGUUACCACCUGGGCUGUGGAUGCAAGAUCAGGCCCUGCUACUAUUUGCCCUGCUUUGCUACCUCCAAGAAUGAGUGUAUUUGGACAGACAUGCUCUCCAACUUCGGCCACUCAGGAUAUCAAGCGAAGCACUAUGCCUGCAUCCAGAGGGUAGAAGGUUACUGCAGCUGGUAUAGAGGAUGGGCACCUCCAGAUAAAACGAUCAUCAAUGCCACAGAUCCCUGAGUGCAUUAUCCCUUCCUUAUCUCCCCUCUCCCUUACUUGUGGCUGAUCUUCCUUUGGACACUAACUCUUACCAGAUCAUGAUGAUGACAAUGAAAUUAGUGCCUGUUUUCUUGCAAAUUUUAGCACUUCGAACACUUAUGGAAAAAAAAAAGAAAAAAAAAAGAAAAAAGAAAAAAAAAAGGAAAAAAAAGUCUGUGCUACCUUACUGAAUUUGUUGUAAUCACCUUUUCCAUUUUUGAUACCACUCAUUUUGAUCAGAUGACAUUUGGGAGCUUACUUUUGCACACCAGAGGGAAAAAUGGAAGAAAAAAAAAAGAUGGAGCUCUUGCUCUUUUACAUGUAUCAUUAGCUGUAGCAAUAUAAUCUCUAUUUUUUUAGGAAAACAAAAAUCUAAAAACUAUGCCAAUUAGGCACUGUAUUCUUCUAUGUGCUGGCUUCCCCUCACCCCCUUCUCAUGCACUAAGUGCUGAAAAUAUGUAGACAAAUCUAUUUGAAGGAAAACAGGUUUAAUUAAUCAGAUUGGCAAAUGAAACAAACCUAAAAGAAACCCAACCUCAACCUUGGAAAAAAUAAUGUCCAAAAGAAAUCCUCCUCUGUGGGAGAGAUUGGCAAUGUGAUUGACUCCCGCAGUGGGAGAAUUUACCUGGUGUGUCUGACCACAUCAUCUGGUAAAAGCAUUGCUGACUGAUUGUCCUAGCUAAUUCAGUCACAGUGUGAAUGUAACAGCACAUUUAAAGUUCUGGCUUUCCACAGAACAAAGGAGAGAGUAUUUCGUCUUUUCAUUGUUUAAAAAACAAAAGCCACAUCCCCUGUGUUCAGGGAGGUAAAUCCAUCUGCAGGAGAGCAGAUGAAGUGCUGUGCCAUCCUGUUUUGAGCAGCAUUGGUCCCUGAGAUCUUUGCAGCUUUGCUUCAACGGGAAAAUCAGCUUGUAAACACCUUAAACUAAACAGAUACGAAAAUACCAACUGUAAAUCAAUCACAUGAGAGAGGGAAAGGGGAGACUUGCUAGAGCUCUUACUAUAAAAAAAAAUCUAUUGCCAAAAUAGUGUUUUGCUGAACUAAGAUGUAUAUACACAUAAUGACAUAAGCUAUUUUUGACAGGACGUGGACUUUUUUGGUGUUGUAAACAAAAGAAUGGUUUGAUUGUGUUUUAAAGACAGAAAUAUUGACAUUCCGAGUCAGUGAGUUGUUUUUAAGAUAUUGAAGCUCCAGUGUAUCUGCAGUAGUGGCUACAGUCAUUGUUUCCUCUGUACCAUAGCACCACGGUUCCUCCCCUGCAGCUAUACUAGGCACAUUUGUUUAUAUAGUGGAAGGAAGUGUGUGUGGGAGCUAGGCAAGGAAAAGUGGUCUUCUAAUAAGUGCUGGCUGGGAUCAUAAAAUUUCAGCUGCCCAGAGGAUUCCUUCUGUGUCAAGUGCUGUUUCCCCUCUAGGCACUGUUAAGCAUAGCUCUGUGCAUGUGCUCAUUACUGUGUCCUGCAGUGAUGUGGGAGGAGGAGCCUUACUGUCUUGUGCUUUGCUGUCGACUGGAGAAGUUUUUUUCAUUCUAUUUUUUUUUUUAUUAAGAAAACUAUAAUAUAAUUUUUCUUAUCAAAUAAAAGUAUUUUAAGUUUUAAUGACGGUGAAGAAGGGGCGCUGGCAAAAUGGGUGACUGAGUUUUGGACGGGGAGGGCUUGGGCAGGGAGAUUACGCUUAACUUCAUUUUUGUAUUAUUAUGAUUAUUUAUCUUAAGUCUCCAUAUAUCUUCAACUCAUUCCACUUAGAAAGCAGAGCUGCCACCAGCAGGAAAAACUGCUGCAGUGAUUCCAGCCUGGGGUAAAACAGCAUGUUAUAGUCAGUGACCUUCACAACUACUGGAGUUGUUUGGGGCCUCUUUGCUAAAUGGGAAGGAAUGGGUGUCUGAGGUGGGUCCUGAUGAAUUUUUGUGGUCCUUCUGUGCUACCAGAGCUCUGGCAGAUGUACAUGCCUUGAAAUGUCCCAUUCCCUAGAUGAAUUGUUGCAGCAAAAAGUUUGUAGCUUCAUUUUUAAAAUGAGCUUUAAAGGGCAUUUUCAAAGAGUUAAUGUAGGAGGCGCCUAGGUUUGCUGUGUAUUUUUUUUUCCAGCGGCUCUGAGUGGCAAUACAGAACAAAACACACUGCGAGUCUGUUGGAUUUUCCUGUGAUUCAGGCUUGGAACACUUUCCAAAAAUCCUCUUCCCUGUGACUACUCCUAUAUUAUAGGUUGGAGAUGAGAGGGAGAGUAGGGCGCUUCACAGCACCCAUCAUAGGAUUGCGUGGUGGGUCAAGGAUGUUGCCCCUUUUGGCAGAACAUGGGACUUGGCUUUGGACGCAGGGGGGCAAUCUCUGUUUGAGCUGUGCACUGCUGACAAAAUCUCAGAGUGUCACCAAGGGCAGAGUGGAGCCAGCCUCACCAGUGGUGAUGGUUCCACCCUCACUGUCUGCAUCGUGUGGAGUCGGCAUCGCUGGAGAUGGUCCUCCUCAAGCUCAAGGUGACUUUGCCAAGCGGACGUCUCUUUGAGCUGCAGCCACUUUUCACGGCUUCGGAGGCUAAGUGAGAGUGCCCCCCAAUGCAGUGAAGUGUCGAUUUGAAUUUUCAUUUAAUUGCAGCUCUGCAUAUUUUACCUGUCACUGAUUCAUUUAGCUAGCUGAGACAUCACAGUAUUGCACUCAAAUUAUUGUGAAAAUAUUUGCAUUCUAAUGCUAUGAGGACUUAUGUCCCUAAGUAGGAUAUAAUGUAGCUAUGUGCUUUGUAAACAGCAAAACAGCAACCACAUUACCAGAAAAUGAAGUGAAUACCCAUUUUAUAUUGUAGACGGUAAAAUAUUUCUGAGAUGCAGAUAGCUAGACCGGCAAGGGUGGGGGUUUGGUACCAAAUCUCUUCCCUUGCUGUGUAAAGAAACAGUUCUUAAGGCUUUUAAAAAUGUGGAGCCAAAAGGAGGGGGAAGAAUCCAGUAAAAAUACAUUUCUUUUGGGAAGCUUCUUAAUUAUGUUUCUGUGCAUACUAUCAGGGACAUGUAUUUCUUGGGCUAAAUUUUAGCUUGUUCUUGCAUUAAGAACCUGACCGAAGGUUCCCUUGAAGCAGGAGGGAGCCAUUAAAUGGAUUGAAAAGGCUCUAAAUCAGACUCAAAGACUUCUUCCUUUUCUGUCUACUCUCUCCUUUCUCCUGUCCUGCUAAGUCACUUCUGCUUGCCAAUGGACAAAACUCUCCCUCAUUAGAACAGGCCAUGCAGGAUGUGGGCAUGCCAGGGAUGGGGAUGUGAGGAGGCAGGUAUGACAUUCUCCCCAAAAUAUUAGGCUCUGGAACAUACAAUGGCUUGCAGCAGCACACAUCACCUCUCCCAUGCUUCUCACUUCACCCUGAAACCAAAGGUUAGCGGGAGCUAUCAAUGGCACAUCUCAUGUGAACAUGUCCUUUGGGCAUGUACAAGAGGAGGCUUUAUUUUCCCCCCCUAUACUUCACAUACAUCAGCACUGUUAUAAGUACUUUUAAAAGGGCAUAGGUCAUUUUUGGCUGUUGCCUUUUGUUUUCUUAUUUAUAGACAAUUUCCUUAUUUGCUUGAGAGUGCUUUCCCCUUUAGAAUCACAAUAUGUAUAAAAAGGUUGGGAAUGAUUGGAUUCAAUUUUCCUUUUCCAAAAUGGUAGAGAGCAGGAGAAGAUCUGUGCUUGGAGUACACUGAAUAAAGUUCUGGAAUUGCUGAGACAUAGUGCUCCCCCCUCUGUGGGAGGCUUCCCCCUCCCUUUCAUGCAACAAAACCACAAUUUUAGGCCUAAACUCCCGUUUUGAAAAGCUGCAAGAUCCUUUAGAUAGGACUGUUUGAAAACCUAAACGUAUCACCAGAUCCCAUUCAUACUGGCUGGAGCAAAGUGCUACCUCAGGGUGAUUGAUGGCAAACACACUGGUGUUUUUCACAGUAAGGACUCUUGAAGUAAAAGCCUCGAUGGGAACAAGCCUCCAUUCUUUCAGAAGUCUUUGAAAAAAAUAUUUAUAAUGUCUUUUCUAGCUUAGAAGGAAGGGCAGGACAAAAUUUUUGCAAAACCUUUUUUUUUUUUUUUUUUUGGAAUAAGUAUCUUUUGGAGCUACCAGUCUUCACAAAAAGCUUAACAACCCACUAAAUGCUGCUGCUUUGCCUGUACUGGUUUCUCAUUCUUUCUGACAAAGUCUUUCCUUCAUAGAGCCACUCUGCUGUUCCUGAUAGUCAUGGAAAUUUGGGGAAAGAACCAAACCUGCGUGAAAAAUCUUGUCCAGAAGGAAUGUAUUUGUUGCUAAAUUUUCUAGCACUGUUUACAGUUUUCCUCCAUGUUAUUUAUAAAUUUUAUAUUCAGUGAAUGUAUAUUGUCUUUUAAGGUAAUGUUGCAUAAUGUUCACUUUUUAUAGUGUCCUUUUAUUCUAAACAGUAAAGUGGUUUUAUUUCUAUCACAGACA